AAAGGAUGUAUGUACGUAAAGCUAUUCAACCCACCACGCCUUGAGUGCCAGCGAUGAUAUCUUCUGAUGCCACGCUGCGCCAAAGGGCGGGGAGAGACAAUCUGCACAGUUUAUCCAUAACAGGCUGAGUGUCAUCACAGUCACGUGCGACGUAGAGGCAAUUCCACUGCUCUUUCAAAUUUUAUUUUUUCAAAGAGACAGAAAAUCUACUUCUCUCAUCUCUGUUGCUAUGACUGACCAUCAGCACUCUGAAAGAACUCCCCUGCUUUCACCCAAUGCCUCUGGCCAAACCACGCCUGUCAAUUCUCGAGCUCCAUCCACUCGUUCUUGUGUCAAUGACAAUUCCAAGGAUAACAAUACUACCAAUUCCACCAAGUGGCGGCUCCUUUUUGCUACGGUGGUAGCAUUGCUUUUCUUUGUGACUGAACUGGUUGCUGGUUAUUUCGCUAAUUCUCUUGCGCUGAUGUCUGACGCCUUUCACUUGCUGUCUGACGUUGCCAGCUUCGCCGUUGCCCUUGCUGCCAUUUACUUUGCCGAAAAGCCUGCCACUCGCCGCCAUAGCUAUGGUUUCCAUCGAGCAGAAGUCAUCGCAGCUUUAGCCUCUGUGUUGACCAUUUGGAUUUUAACCUUUUAUCUGGUUCAGGCUGCUAUUGAACGUCUUCGCAAUCCCGAACCCAUCAAUGGAAAAUUGAUGUGCUUGACUGCUUCCAUUGGUGUAAUCAUCAAUAUUAUUCUGGCUGUUGUCUUAGGUGGACAUGGACAUAGCCACGGUGGCCAUAGCCACGGAUCGGAUCAUGAUCACUCGCAUGCCAUUGAAGACGGUCACCAUCAUGAGGAAGAAGGUGCAUCGAAGCACUCUGCUAAGCAGGAAUCUAACAUCAAUUUGAGAGCCGCCAGUUUGCACGUAUUGGGCGACCUUCUAGCAUCUGUUGGUGUACUUAUAUCCUCCAUCAUCCUCAUCUUCCGCCCUGACCUUACCAUUGUCGACCCUAUCUGCACAUUCAUCUUUUCUAUCCUCGUCAUGUAUACAACCUAUCACCUUGUAAAGGAUUCAUUGGCUGUGUUGAUGGAAGGCACUCCUUUGAACAUCCAGCCAGAGGCCAUUGAGCGAUCUAUCCUUGAAAUUCCAGGAGUGGUGGCUGUUCAUGACCUGCAUGUGUGGAACCUUUCCCCCGGCAAAAGCUCCCUCACCGCCCACAUCACCUUCGACAAGAAUGCUUUGCAUAGUUACGAUGAAAUUUUAUACCAAGCCCAACAUGUCGUCUGCGACACCUACGGUGUCCACCACUCCACUUUGCAAUUGGAAAGCGAUGCUACAGGGUUUACAAGCCAUUGCCGACCCGAUCUAUGUACCCCUGCCGUCAUCCACCAAUAAUCUCGUUACUCCCUCCCCUUAACUCCAUGCUUAUCCAACACUUUGGCCUCUGUCCCCACUUUUCAUUCUCAUCAUAUUCUUUUCUUAUUUUCAUCUUCUCUUUCCAUAGACUCCUACACUGCGCCUUGCUUUUUUCGCUUGUAUCAUUAAAAGAAACAUAACAUCUGUUGGAGAUAACAUAUUGACUAUAUCAUUUACAAAAAGUUGGCUUGCAA